AUGGACUUUAGAGCUACCGAUCGAUGCACCUUCAGUCUACUUGCGUGCUCUCCCUCAUGCUUCAAGCAAUCACACUCUAUCGUCGAAGCAGCGUCGCCUGUGGUGGAGGGCUACAUAGAAGGCAUACGGGCGCUCACUGUCUUCAACAACAAUGGACUGUACCCCUCCUUUCCGACGAUUGCAGACGAGAACAGGCUGUUUUCGGCGGUCCUUGCGUGCAGUGAGUAUGGCAAAGAGGACGAGGAGCGUGUCACCAUUACAUUGAGGGACGUGUCCGCAAAUGGCGGACGAUCAGCAAAGUACUCAAACAUAUCGGUCACAAGAGCAAGAGACAAAGAUUUCGCGGAGUACGACGCGAGCGAGUGGGAGGAUGUCAGUGACGAUACUGAUGUUAGCAAUGGCAGCACCAGCGAUAGCGACGACACAGCAUCGUUCGAUUGGAAUGGUCUCCGCGAAGCGUUGAUCCCAAUCGAAGAACUUACCCCCUUGCCUCUCUGA